AUGAAGUACCUCAUUCUCCUCUGCGUUUUGCUGGGAUCUACUUUUGGAGGUGAAGAUCACAGUGCAAUUCGAUUCCGCAGACAAGCGCAGAGACAAGCAUAUCACCCACCACCACAGCCUCCGGCAAAUUACCGGCCCUUGAAUCAAGCACCAGGUAAUAUCCAGCAGCUGCUCCAAUUCCAGCAGUACAGAGAGCCGCUCGUUAACAUCCCACCCCAGCAGCCUCCCAACCUGGGCAAGGCACCGAAUCAGCCGCAAUUAACCAAUCAGGCUCAGGUUUCUCAGUACAAGCCUAAUGUUCAGUAUGGAGAGGCACCACAGCAGCCGUCUUACCAGAAUCAGGCGGCUGCCAUUGCUGCACAGUACAGACCGCAGGGACAGCAGUACAAUCCACAGCAGAAUCAGCAGUAUGCACCACAACCUCAGCACCGUCAGCAACAAUACCAGGGUUAA